AUGACGACAGCUCAGAAGAUCAAGGACAUUGAGGAGGAGAUGUCGCGCACGCAGCGCAACAAGGCGACCGAGUACCACUUGGGCCAGCUCAAGGCCAAGCUCGCAAAGCUGCGCCGUGAGCUGAUCACGCCAGCUGGGGGUGGCGGCGGUGGUGCGGGCAUCGGCUUCGACGUUGCGCGCACGGGACAAGCAACAAUCGGUUUCGUCGGCUUCCCGUCGGUCGGGAAAUCCACUCUCAUGUCCAAGCUCACGGGCACGCACUCGGAGGCGGCGUCGUACGAGUUCACGACGCUCACGACUGUGCCGGGCACGAUGACGUACAACGGCGCGAGGCUGCAGGUGCUUGACCUCCCCGGUAUUAUCCAGGGUGCCAAGGACGGCAAGGGUCGUGGUAAGCAGGUCAUCGCCGUCGCGCGGACGUGCAACCUCAUCUUCAUCGUGCUCGACGUGCUGAAGCCCCUCAACGACCUCACGGUGCUCGUGGACGAGCUCGAGGGCUUCGGUAUCCGGCUCAACAAGAAGCCUCCCAACAUCUCUGUGAAGCGGAAGGAAACCGGUGGUAUCCAGAUCACCAACACUGUCCCCCUCACCAAGAUCGACCCAAACGAGAUCCGUGCUGUGUUGUCCGAGUACCGCAUGACCUCGUGCCAGGUCAUGAUCCACGAGCCUGACUGCACGAUCGAGGACUUCAUCGACGUCGUCGAGGGCAACCGCAUGUAUGUGCCGUGUCUCUUCGUUCUCAACAAGAUCGACGCCAUCUCGAUCGAGGAGCUAGACCUCCUUUACAAGAUUCCCAACUCGGUGCCGAUCAGCUCCCAGAACUGGCUUAACAUUGAUGAGCUGCUCGAGAUCAUGUGGGAGAAGCUCGACCUUGUCCGCGUCUACACCAAGCCUAAGGGUAAGGUGCCCGACUACGACCAGCCUGUCGUCCUCCGCCGCGGCCGCUGCACCGUCUCCAACUUCUGUGACGCCAUCCACAAGGAGAUCAAGCGGCAAUUCAAGUACGCCAUUGUAUACGGCACCAGUGCGAAGCACUCGCGUGGGCAGAAGGUUGGGUUGGACCACGUGCUCGAGGACCAGGAUGUCCUCACGCUGUUCAAGAAGUAG